UUUUCCUUCUUAUACUCUAGAAUCUAGAUACAUUAGUUUCUGAUAUUCAUUGUCACAGUGAAGAGUAAGAAUGACUAAAGUUGUUAGCUGUGGAAAGGGUUAAGAGAUGGGCAGUGUCAUGGGUGACAAUAUAAUCCUAGCCCCGGGUACAGGAGCAGAGAUGAUCUGCAGACUGUGGUGUGGUGGCUGCAGUAUAACCCUGCCCACUAAUCUGUAAUCUGGAAGCACCCCCUCCAUGUACCCAGCAGUGUGCCAGCCCCAGCCCUGAGUGCCUGGGAAGCUCGGCAUAAACAGUGUGCCCGCAGGUGCCCCCCUGGUGCAGGUUCCUGACAGUAAUGGAGACAGCAGUACAAUCUGCCUCCACCUAUCCCCUUUCUUCUUUCUGUCUUCUCUGGCUCUUUCCUCUUUCCUCCUUGAAGCUGGUUUGUUAAUCCUGUAUGUAAAUUACAGCCAAUAGAUGUUGUUGUUGAGCAGGGCUGGGAUUAGAGACGGGGCGAAUGGCUUUCAAUCUUACUGGGAUUAUAGAACAAAGGGACUCCUGCUCCACACACAUAUACCCAGGCACACACAAAAAGGGGGUUUAUCCUGGGAGGGGGUGGGCACAGCUCUGCCCCCACUGCUCCACAAGCCUCUCUGCAGACAGGACUACGGGGGGCUCACACCGCUCACGUCCGCCGCUAUUUGCACUGCGGAUUGGGGGGAGUCGGCCGCUGCUCGGGGACGAAUUACCGGCUGCACCGCACCACAGCCCGCUCCCGCCACCGAGCUGGAGGCUGCCGGGGAGGAUCUCACCCACCAGUGCUGGCACCUCUCCUGAAUAUGGCACUUGCAGGAAAGCAGUAUGAAGGACCCGUGAACAGCUCAAGACAUGAUAUGUGGAUUUCGACUGCUCGUAAUGGAAAAGAUGAAAUCAUCACAAGCCUUGUAUCUGCCUUAGAUUCAAUGUGCACUGCCCUAUCCAAACUCAAUGCUGAAGUGGCCUGCAUAGCAGUUCAUGAGGACAACUCCUUUAUAGUUGGAACCGAGAGAGGGAAAAUAUUUUUGAACUCCAGAAAAGAGUUGCAAACAGAUUUCCAGAGAUUUUGUGUGGGUGCUCUUAGGACAGAACAAGAAACAUAUGGCCAAAGAAGAAGCAGGGAUUGUAUCCGGAAUGUGCAGAGAGUAUCCCCAGGACCAAGUUCUGAUAUCUACCUUCUCAGGAAGAUGGUUGAAGAGAUCUUUGAUGUGCUCUAUAGUGAGGCUUUGGGAAUGUCGAAUGUUGUUCCAGUGCCAUAUGACAAGAUAAUGAAUGAUCCUGGUUCAUUGGCGGUGAUUGGUUUACCUGAUGGCAUACUGUUCCAAAAUCCUUCUGAAUAUUCCUUAAAAAAUCUGAUGCUUAUUUUAGAACAAAGUCACCACAUCCGAUUUAAAAUUCAAAGAUCUAUUGAAGAACCCAACAGAGAGUCCAAAGUUUGUCUGGAUUUUAACUGUUCACCUGUUACAACAACAAAGGUUGUUCCAGACACUGGUCCUAGUGCCAAAGUCCCAAAGCCACCUGCCCAUGAAAAUACAUCAAAUGCAUCAAACUUUAUAUACAAUGUCUCUCUACCCAAUCAGCUAUGUAUGGAGUUAAAACAGGAGAUUCACACAAAUAUCCCUGUACACAGUGCUGCCAGUGAUGUACUGAGUCACACAUCCCUAGGAGAACAGGCACAAGACUAUUCAGAUUGUUCUGGGCAGCUAUCUUCCGCAGCAAGUAGUAGCCUUAGACAGAAUGUACAUGCCUCAAAACGGUUGCUGUUUUCAAUAGUCCAUGAUAAAACAGAGAAAUGGGACAAUUUCAUUAAGGAAACAGAAGAUAUUAAUACCCUCAGGGAGUGCGUGCAGAUCUUGUUUAACAGCAGAUAUGCUGAAGCUUUAGGCCUUGAUCACAUGGUACCCGUACCAUAUCGGAAGAUUGCUUGCCACCCUGAAGCAGUGGAGAUUAUUGGAAUUCCAGAUAAAAUCUCUUUCAAAAGACCAUGCACUUAUGGAGUGCCUAAACUUAAGAGAAUCCUGGAAGAGCGGCACAAUAUACAUUUUAAAAUUAAAAGUAUGUUUGAUCAGAGAAUUUUUGAAGGUGCUAAGUUUACCAAAGACGCGUCAAAGUCAGAUGUGAACAGUUCAGGAGAAGAAGCAUGUGGAGACACUCAGAAUGUAGCAGCUGCAGACAUGCUUGGGUACCGGUCUGAAACAAGUAACAUAUCUGAAGAAUGUGAGCCAGGUACUUCAAGUGAACAGAAUGGAUUUAAACAAAUAAAACUGGAGCCUGAAGAUCAAGAAAUAAUCCAAGUUACAGUUCCAGAACACACGUUUAAUUCCAAUGAAUUGACUGACUGUUUGAAGAGUCAAAUAAAUACAGAAAAUUCCACUUAUGUGCUAGACACAGGAACAGAACACACGUUUAAUUCCGAUGAAUUGACUGACUGUUUGAAGAGUCAAAUAAAUACAGAAAAUUCCACUUAUGUGCUAGACACAGGAACAGUAUCUGAAAAAGGAAUAACUGAUGACUCCAGAUUUAACAGAGUGGAAGAGAAACGCCUAGAUGAAGGCAUUGGGGACAUUAUUCGCCAACUAAGAAAACGAGUUGAAAACAUAUUUAAUAAAAAAUAUGCAAAAGCAAUUGGUGCUUCACACCCAGUUAAGGUGCCAUAUUCUAAAUUCUUGAUGUACCCAGAAGAUCUGUAUGUUGUGGGCCUCCCAGAUGGCGUUUCGUUUCGUCGGCCCAACUGUUUUGGAAUUGCAAAGCUCAGAAAGAUAUUGGAAAACAACAGUGCCAUUCAGUUUGUGGUAAAGAGGCCUGAAUUGAUUUCUGAAGGACUUAAAGAAAGUAUGGCUGACACCACUGUUCCUGUAGGGGUCGGUGAGAAAGAUUGUCAAGAUCCUACAUUGGAUGAAAGCACCAAGAGACCUAGUUUUCAAGAAAAUUACGAUGCCAGGCUUUCCAGGAUAGAUAUUGCCAAUACUUUACGUGAGCAAGUGCAAGAUCUGUUUAAUAAAAAAUAUGGUGAAGCCCUUGGAAUCAAGUACCCAGUCCAAGUACCCUACAAACGCAUUAAAAGUAACCCUGGCUCUGUUAUAAUUGAAGGCCUGCCUCCAGGGAUUCCUUUUCGUAAACCCUGUACCUUUGGAUCACAGAAUCUAGAAAGGAUACUGGCAGUGGCCGAUAAAAUCACGUUUACGGUUACAAGGCCAUUUCAAGGACUCAUUCCAAGACCUGAUGAUGAAGAUGCCAAUAGACUGGGAGAAAAAGUAAUUCUUCGGGAACAAGUAAAAGAGCUCUUUAAUGAAAAAUAUGGUGAAGCCCUGGGGUUAGGACAUCCAGUACUUGUACCUUAUAAGUUAAUCAGGGAUAAUCCUGAUUCUAUAGAAGUGACUGGUCUGCCAAAUGAUAUACCUUUCAGGAACCCAAAUACUUAUGACAUAACACGGCUGGAAAAAAUAAUAAAAGCACGGGAAAGCAUACAUAUGGUGAUAAUAAACCAAUUGCAGCCGUUUUCAGAGAUAUGUAUCGAGCCACCGCCACAAUUACAAAAAGACAGCCUUGCUCCCAAGCGGAAAAAGAAGCGGAUUUCUGAAGGAAACUCUGUGUCCUCAACAUCAUCCAACUCUUCAUCAUCCUCAUCUUCUUCUGCUUCUAAUAUAGAACCCAUUUCAUCAGCACAUCAAAUGUCACUAGUGCAAUGGCCCAUGUAUAUGUUGGACUAUGGGGGUGUGAAUAUGCAGAUUCCUGGACAAAUGAACUACUAGUCUCCUCAGAUGAAUGGAUAUAUGUAAUUAUUGUAUAAAAAUGUACAUGACAAUAUUUAACAAUGCCUUUUAGUUUUUUUUCCAAUCAUUUUUACAGUAUGUUACUGCCAUCCAAGACGGCCUUUUUGGAAUAAAAUGUGUUGCCUUGUU